AUGACGACCUACGAAACAGCUGAGCCGCACUUCGUUAAAGUGGACGGUACACGGUUUGCAUACCUUCGGUUCGGCUCGACAGCUAGGACUCAGGUACCACUGGUGUUCCUACAGCACUUCCGAGGCACCUUCGACCACUGGGACCCAGAACUAAUUAAUCCCAUCGCUGCCAUCCGACCCGUUAUUCUCAUCGAUAACUCGGGAGUUGGCAAGAGCGAUGGCGCGGUUCCGGAAACCUAUGCCGCAUGGGCCAGUAACGUGAUCGGUGUUAUCGGAGCGUUGAAUAUUCCUCAGAUUGACCUGUUGGGUUUCUCGAUGGGAGGCUUUGUGGCGCAAAUGGUUGCUUUGAACGCACCCACUAUCGUUCGCAAACUCAUCCUUGCCGGUACUGGGCCCAGCGCCGGGGAUGGUGUCGAAGCUGGUGACUCUGCAGCAACUCAGCGCUUGGCUACAGCGUCCAACGAACAGGAGGCCCACGAUGCAUUUUUGUCCGCUUUCUACUCUCUGUCAGAGAGGAAGCAGGAUCUGGGAAAUCGUUGGUGGAGUCGCAUGACCACGGCUCGCUCAAACCGCUCUGCGUAUGUGGGCCCUGAAGGCACCCAGGCUCAGAUCGGUGCGGUCAUCCGCUGGGCGAAUGCGGACUUUGCCUCCGAAGGAUCCUACGAUCGCCUGGAGGAGCUUCAGAUUCCUGUUCUUAUUGCCAAUGGUGACAACGACAUCAUUAUCCCCACAAAUAACAGCUGGGUCAUGUUUAAGAAACUGGUCAAUGCCGAUGCUCAUCUCCACUUGUUCCCGGAUGUCGGACACGGGUUUUUGAACGAGUAUGCCGAUCAGUUCUCUAAGUUGAUCAACACCUUUUUGGAUGCUUGA